GGUCUCUGAUGGAGACAGUUGAUGAAAGGGGGACUCUGAUGGAGACAGUUGAUGUAAAGGGACACUCUGAUGGGGACAGUUGAUGUAAGGGGAACUCUGAUGGAGACAGUUGAUGUAAGGGGGACUCUGAUGGAGACAGUUGAUGUAAGGGGUGACUCUGAUGGGGACAGUUGAUGUAAAGGGGACUCUGAUGGGGACAGUGGAUGUAAGGGGGACUCUGAUGGGGACAGUUGAUGUAAGGGGACACUCUGAUGGGGACAGUGGAUGUAAGGGGGACUCUGAUGGGGACAGUUGAUGUAAGGGG